AUGGAUGAGCUCUUGGCAAAACAACGCAAGGAGCAAAAAGAUCUGCAAGGCCGGAUCACCCAGAAGAAAAAGUCCGCAUCUAAAAAAACCCGCAAAGGAGUGAACGAUGAGUGUGAGCGGAUGCAGAGGGAGCUCAACGAGCAGCACCAGGCGGAAACGUCAGCUCUAAAUGGCGAUGACCCUGUCAACGGCAUUGAAGAUCUCAGCUUAGAAGACAAUACCAAAGAAUCGAACGAGAACGAAAGCAAACCUCACCAAGCCGCAGAACCCACCCCUCUAUCAAGCUCAGAAGAAUUAUCUGCCCGAACCAAGAAACCAAACCGUCAAAAAGUCCGUCUGGCCCGCCGUGCGGCCGAACAAGCUGCGGCAUCUGCAGCCGCCGCCGAAGAGGCCGCAAACCAAACUGAUCACAGAGGCAACGAGCGAGAGGUCAUGGAGGUGGUUUUCAAAAAGCUAGGGUUGAAAGAAGUGGAAGUGACACCGGAUGGACACUGUCUAUACUCGUCUGUUGCCAAGCAGCUGGAUGAAUCUGGACUUGGCUUGCGGCCGGACCCAAGCCGAAUUGUUCUCCAGCCGACGACACAAUCGCGCAUUGAUACCGUUGCGUCGCCGCAGCAUGACGGGUACAGGGCUAUUCGGGCUGUAACGGCUGAUUUUAUCAUACAGAACAAGGACGAUUUUGAAGCGUUUAUGGAGGAGCCGUUGGAUGAAUACACGCGCAAGAUCAAGCUUACUGCUGAGUGGGGAGGUCAACUUGAGCUACAGGCCAUUGCGAGGGCUUAUGGUGUGGACAUCAAUGUUGUGCAAGGUGAUGGGCGAAUGGAGAAGAUCGAGUGUGGUGAUAUGGAUACCUUUGAAGAGGAGGAAAAACGCAGACGCAUUAUCUGGCUAGCAUACUACCGCCACUCCUACGGACUUGGCGAGCAUUACAACGCACUUCUGAAGUCUUAA